UUGUCUGUUUUUAUUGUUUUAGACCAACUGGUGGGAGUGACAAGUGGACAGCUACAGCUUGUGACUGUCUUUCAUUGUACCUGACUGGAGCUGUAGCAACCAUAAUCUUACAGGAAAACAAUACAACAUGGCCAUUACCUGUGAAAAUUUUCUGCAGAGAUGAGAAAGGAGAGCGUGUCGAUGUUUCUGAAUAUUUGAUUAAAAAGGGUUUGGCUUUGAGAGAAAGGAGAAUUAAAAAAUUAAAUAACAGCCAUUCAUCUGAGAAGUCUUUGGAAAUCCCCCCAGAACAAGAAGAUUCAAUGGUUACAAAGUGUAUUAAGACUAACUUUGACCCUGACAAAAAAGCUGCUGAUGUUAUCAGUGAACACAAGGUAUCUGAAUUUAAGCAGAAAAUUCCAGAACCAAGAACCACUGGAUGCUACAAACCACCAGCUAUUCCUAACAUGAAAGUAUUUGAGGCAACAGUCAGCUGCAUUGGCGAUGAUGGAACUAUAUUUGUAGUACCUAAGUUGUCAGAAUUUGAGCUAACAAAAAUGAUGAAUGAAAUUCAAAGUAAUUUAAAAUGCCUUGGUCUUUUGGAGCCUUAUUUGUGGAAAAAGGGAGAAGCCUGUGCAGUAAGAGGAUCAGAUACUAUGUGGUAUCGAGGCAAGGUAAUGGAAGUUGUUGGCGGCAGUAUUAAGGUACAAUAUUUAGAUCAUGGAUUCACCGAGAAGAUUCCACAAUGUCACCUUUACCCUAUUUUACUAUAUCCUGAUAUACCCCAGUUUUGUAUUCCUUGCCAGCUCUAUAAUACCAAAUCUGUUGGGAAUGUCUGGCAACCAGAUGCAAUAGAACUCCUUCAGGAACUGCUUUCGAAGAGACAGGUGGAAAUUCACAUUAUGGAAUCACCUGAAAACCCAUGGGGGAAAUUAUCGAUUCAUCUCUAUUUUGAUGGAAUGUCACUUUCUUAUUUUAUGGCCUACCAUAAAUACUGUACUUUUGAGCAUUCUGAAGAGAUAUUGAAAGAAAAACUAACAGAUUAUGAUAAAAAGUAUGAGGAUGAAAGAUGGGAAAUAAGAUUUGAGGAAUUGCUUUUGUCUGAAAUAGAAACUCCUAUUUUACCACCAUACUUGCCUUCCUCUCUGCCUCCCCCAGAAGAACUCUAUGCUGUUCAAGUUAAACAUGUGGUCUCACCUAAUGAGGUGUAUAUUUGCCUUGAUUCUGUAGAAAGUUGUAAUCUGUUUAACGAGCAUAGUGACACAGAUGACAGUGGAGUUAGCUGGGAAUCUGAGUCUGAAAGCCUUAACGAAGCACUGAGGAGGUUCAAUAAGAAUGUGGAAACAUUUCCUCCGCUGACGGAUUUUAGAACAGAAAUGCCUUGCCUUGCUGAAUAUGAUGAUGGCUUAUGGUAUAGAGCAAAGAUUGUGUCUGUUAAAGACUUUAAUCCUCUAGCUGUCCUGGUGCAAUUUGUUGAUUACGGAUCAACUGAAAAGCUGACAAUAAACAGACUGCGUCAGAUUCCUCUUCAUCUUAUGCAGUAUCCAGCCCGAGCCAUAAAGGUUCUCUUGGCAGGGUUUAAACCUCCCUUAAGAGAUCCAGGGAAGACCAGAAUACCAUAUUGUCCCAAAUGGAGCAUGGAAGCACUGUGGGCUAUGAUAGACUGUCUUCAAGGGAAACAACUUUAUGCUUCUUCCAUGGCUCAGGCACCAGAACAAAUAGUGACGUUAUAUGAAGAUGAACAGUAUCCAGUUCAUAUGUCAUUAGUAGAAAUGGGGCUGGCAGACCGAGACGAAUGAUGUAAACACUUCAGAGCAUCUACAGCAGCCCAGAAGAAGGUUUUCUGUUACAUGUAGGCCAGUUCAGGCUUACUUUUCUUGACUUGUUCUGCAGUUGUGCUGGCGUUUUUUUUCUUACAUGUUAAACUACUAGGAAUUGUGUGAAAAAAAAAAAGUUAAUAAAUAUUUGCUUUCAAGUA